GCCUGGUAUGUUUCGAAAGCAAAAAUGGAGAAAUGUCGCAGUUUUUCUGCAUAGUUUGCGCUUCUAGCUCUUUUUAUUUAUAUUGUAUCAAUGGAGGAUGGCUUUGUGGACUGUCACUGUCACAUAUCAGCCUGUGAGUUUGAAGAGGAUCUGGAGGAUGUGAUCCAGAGGAGCAGAGAGGCCGGGGUUAAGACUCUGGUCGCCGUUACAGAAGAAGUCGGAGAGUUUGACAGAGUUCUCCAGCUGCAGGAACGUUAUCCGGAUCUGGUGGCUCCAUGUUUCGGCCUCCAUCCUCUGCAGGGCGGCGAGGGCCCCGAGCGGCGCAGCGUGAAGCCUCAGGAUCUGGAUGCUGCCCUGCCUCAGUUCUACAAACACAGAGAACGCCUCGUCGCUAUUGGAGAGAUCGGUUUAGACUUCACGCCGUGGUGUUCUCCAUCUCAGCAGGACAGAGACGACCAGAUGUGUGUCUUCAUUAAACAGCUUCACGUCGCCAAAGAGCUGGACCUCCCCGUGAACGUCCACUCCCGAUCAGCUGCUAAGGUCGCCAUAGAGACCAUGAGAGAACAAGGUAUCAGUCGAGCUCUGCUUCAUAACUUUGCGGGGAAGCCGUCGGUCGCUCUGGAAGGCGUGAAGGCCGGUUACCUUUUCUCCUUCCCACCCGCCGUCUGCAGGAACCAACAGACAACAGAUUUGUAUAUCACCAUCCAGAGGGACAAACUGAUCAAGCAGAUCCCGCUGGAACACAUCUGUCUGGAGACGGACUCUCCUGCACUGGGGCUCGACAAGCAUGAGAGAAACGAGCCCCGUAACAUCGUUCUGUCCUGCCGGUACAUCGCUGACGUCAAAGGUGUGUCGCCGGAAACCGUUCAGCUCAUCACCGCAGAAAACGCACACAGACUUUUCCCAAAAGUUAAAGCUAACAUGCCGUACUAACGUUUCUGAAAC